UUUUUCUUUGUCCAGUAAAUCUUCUUUUUCCUUAUCUUAUACAAGAAAUAAUCCAGCCUGAAGAAUGGCCAUCCGUCUUCCUCGAAUUGUUCAAGCUAAGCAACUUUUUAGGCAGUAUUCAUUCACAAAAUGUAAUGCUGCUGCCAGUGCCACAGCUUGCCUAGAUGUCCCAAAGGGAUAUUUUGCUGUAUAUGUUGGAGAAAAUGAAAGGAAACGAUUUGUGAUUCCCAUUGCUUACCUGAACGAGCCCUCAUUCCAAGACCUGUUGAAUCGAGCUGAGGAAGAAUUUGGGUUUGACCAUCCUAUAGGAGGUCUGACAAUCCCCUGCAGAGAAGACACUUUCAUUGAUAUCACUGCUCGCUUGACUAGGAGCAUGAGUUAGCCAAGCCAGACGUAGAACUUCGGCACUGCUUAAGCUAGCAAAUUUAGGCACAUUUUUGUAGCUUGAUGCAAGCCAAUUUUUGUUGUACAGCCUUUUUUUCAAUCUUCGCAAUAGAAGAUUGUGGACAACACAAUACCAUCUCAACAGUCAGAAAACUAUUUGCUCA